GUCACGUUCCUCCUUUUUCCUCACUGGCUGGUUGAGGAAGUGAAAGUAGUGCACCUAAUACAAUACUGCUGUUUUCUGUCUAACCGUCGCCAUUUCAGCAUAGAAUCCUUAAAAAAGCACAGAAGCAGCAUGUAGUGAGGCAUGGCACUGCCUCGAGAACCUGUAAAUAAGUUUACUAACAUGUUCUAGGGGUUAAUACCCUGUGGGGUUAACUCUCUCUCCACCCGGACUAUGAGUCAGUCUAUUUGCAACAAAACCAAUUCCCUACACAGUGAGAAAUGGCACUGUUCUGCAUCGUGCCACCUUUGAUUCAUGAUGACUGUUUGUGUCCUGAGUCCUGGUAUCCGAUUGAUUCUGGUGGAUUUGGACAGAUCUAUAGUGCAAAACAUGCAAAAUGGGGGAUGAAAAUUGCCAUAAAGUUAUUACACUGUAAAGACAGUUCAUCUCUUCUCCGAGAGGCGGACCUGAUGCGUCAUGGUGGGAGUCAACACGUGCUAAGAAUUCUGGGGGUGUAUGAAGGUCACCCACCAGGAAAAACCUCUACUCAGUUAGGUUUAGUAAUGGAGUACAUGGAGAGGGGCUCUCUGGCGGACCUCCAAAGGGUUCUGAAUGGACCCCCUCCCUGGGCCCUCGCUUUCCGCAUCAUGCACCAGAUCGCUCUGGGCAUGAACUUCCUCCACCAGCUGAAACCGCCUCUGUUGCACCUGGACCUCAAGCCCAGCAACGUACUGCUGGACGACAGCCUCAAUGCCAAGCUCACAGAUUUUGGCUUGGCAAAAGUGGCCCGGAGUGCUUCCAGAAUGGACAGAGAUGAGGAGACAGGUGGGACCUUAAGCUACAUGCCUCCAGAAGCAUUUCGGCUUUCUUCUUAUACACCCAGCUUUUCCUCUGACAUUUACAGCUAUGGUAUACUGUUGUGGUCAGUCAUAACCGGAAGGGAGCCUUAUGACAGUGUGAUAUCUAGUCUGGUGAGGUUUCGCAUCCCUGAAGGAGACAGGCCUGAUCUGACCUCUGUGGACCGCAGCAAGGCAGAUGGGCUUAGUCACUUGGUUGAGCUGAUGCAGCGCUGCUGGGAUGAUAAGCCUGAACAGAGACCUUCCUUCAGAGAUUGUAUUAAGGUGACUGAGGAGGUGUACACAUUGCACAAGAAGGAAGUACAUGACAGUGUCUGUGCUGUUCAGAAAAAGCUGGAUAACAAAGACGAAGUCAGUUCCAGUAUGGAAUCGCUCCAUGUCACCUCCAAAACACAGAACGGGUGCAUUAAAGAAAACUCUCAUUAUUCUGUGAAGACUGAGCUAACACCUGUGCAGGCCACAGGCAGUGCUGCAAACCCAAGGCCCAAAGAAUCAGAGACGUUUGCUCGUCAACGUACUCCAACUUCGUCAGGAGACAAUCACAAACCAGUUGCCAAAGCACCACCCACCAUGCAUAAGCCUCUGAUGACCCAGCGCCAAUACUCAACACCAGGCAAUGUGAGCAUCAGCCUGUCAAACGUCACCGGAGUGCAGAUUGGCAACAACAACUACAUGAAUAUGAAUUUACCACGUCAGAGACAGAGGCAGAGAUACCCGACAGCUCCCUCUCAUGUCAAUCUUCCAAGUUCUCAUCAACCCUCCAAAUAUCAACAGAAUUCACAACAUAAACCAUAACUACGUUUCUGUUAGACAUUUGGCUGCUUCAUUGAUUGUGUCACACAAAAACUUCAGCAAAAUAAUCAAACUUGCACAGUUUUUCCCCAACAUAAUUGAUCCACUAAGACAUGUUUGAUGUCCACUUUUUGAUUCUUUAGCUAUGAGGCUAUGAGCUAUCACAGAAUGGAAGUCUGCAUCACCAGAAAUCUUCUUGGGGUUAGACUGCUGUUAACUUCUAACAGAGCACAACUAAAGAAGCAAACAUUGGACACUGAACAUUUCUAGCCAUGUUUUGGCUAAUGGCAAAAUUGUGUACAUUUGAUUUUUGGAUGAACCACAUAUCUGUGAACCACAGAUUAGGCCUGUGUCAGUAGCAAAGUCGGGCAAAUUGUGGGCAAAUGACUGUGCUUAUUUUUUUUUACCCUCACUUUACCGCUUCAUCCUGUAUCAUUAUGCUCCGUUACACUGAAGCAGAUGUGGGAGAAAUCACAGUGAUGAGUUGAGCCAGUACAGUAAUCUUUCAUCUGUCUGUGAAACUGUAAUUAAUGUAGCAAAAAAGAAUGGAAUUGCAAACAUCACACACUCAUUAUUGUCUGAAGGUUUGUAGCCGCUUAGCUUAUCCUGUUGCUUUCUUCUCUCAAAGACAUUCGGCUGAGGCUGUUUAAAACUAACUGUUUCACCUGAUGAAUGAGAGCUGAGACGUCACUGGAGUUCCCCCACACCAAACUCAUAAAACCAUGUCUUUAUGGACCUUGCUUUGUGCACAGAGAAACAUAAUUGUCUAAGAUGUCUAUAGACUGUAGUAUUAACGUUACCCUUCACUGCAAAUAAGGUGCCCACACUCUGAGCCCCAGACAAUUAUCCCUCCUCUACCAAACUUUACUGUUGUCGCUAUGCAUUGUGGUACGAAGCGUCUUCCUGCCAUCCACCAAAUUUUCUGUUCCACCUUAAUUGGUGCUGCAGUUACGUUCUAUGUAUGCAUCAUUAAGGUAACUGCAGCACCAUUUAAGGUGGAACUGAAAAGUUGAAUAAGGAGCUGGAGAAUAUAAAGCCAAUUUAAGGCUCAUGAAAAGAGGAACAAGAUACUAUCUAGCUGCUCCAGUAUUAAAACUUUGCUCCAUUUCAAAGAAUUAUGACUACAGUGAUGAUUUUUUUCAGUAUGUCAGGUCGAGUGUCCCCGAGUUUCUUUGUGUGAAAUAGGUAAAAUAGGUAAGAUGUGUGAAACAUUAGCCAUUUACCUGAUAUUACUUUGUGUAACCCACACAUUUUCAUAAUAUCACUGUAAUCUGUAAUUACUCAACAAAUUGGGCAAAUUACAUGUAGAGCAGUUUGAUCUCUGCUGUUCCUCUUUAUAACCAGCUCUGGUGCUGUUUUGCUUACAAUUAAGUGGGGUUGAAACGUCUGUCCCUUUGAUUAUGGGUGCUAAAAGGCCAUUGCAUCUAUGUAGAAAAUUACAUCAGUUAUUUUACUUUUUUACUUUAGUAAUUCUGACCAAAAGUGUGCAAAUGCUGUAGGUUCAGUGAUGCGUAUAUGUAGGCUCGUCUUGGUUUGGUUUGAAUGCAUGGGUGAACUGGCACUGCUGCUACGGUACUGUGAAACCAGUUUUAGGAACUGUUUUCUAUUAAAAUUUACCAUCCCAAA